AUGCGACUUCUAGCCACCCACUUGUCUUGGUAUCACGAAUUACUAUCUUCUGCAAUAGACUCUGUUCAUUGUCCUGAAGAGACAACCAACACUAGGCUUUCCCUUUCUCGAAGCACAGUCAUCACCAUGUGCAUUGCCGUUCCGGUCGACCACACGCGGUGUAAUCACACCAUCGCCCUUUGGCAACAUUGUGCAAAUGCAUUGAGGUCGCUUUCUGGAUUGAAGCCAUGCUCCCGCGUUCGACAACAUACCCGCCCGAUUCUCAUAAGGAAGCUUUGCGUUCACUGCGGCGGCCCAAGACACUUUACUCGAAGAGGAGGCAUAGCUGCACGCGGCACCGGAAGCAAUACCAUGCCGAAGAAGGUGGAAUGGGCCUCACCGUACGAUUCGGGCUACGCCAGCGAUGUUAUACUUGAAGAGGAAGAGGAGGACUAUGAUUCCGAUGAAACGCUCUCCCCGCGUGCUCGCAAAGUGCCCUCGAGAAGCUGGCCCUCGGUAUCGAGACAAAGCUCUUCGAGUACUCAUCGGUCGCAAAAGCAAGAAUCAAGCUGGAGCCCAAACCUUAAGCGCGAGCUCACCCGCCGUGAUUCCAUCAGCUCCGGCAUGUCAAGAGAGGACGACGAUGCGGAAUCACUGUACUGUUCGCAGUCUCCCGACGACGCCGGUCAACUGGAUCGCUCGACAUCCCCAAUAUCACGAAAGUCUACACCGGACCGAAAGAACUCUACACUUUUACAUCCAUCCUCGCCUGUCGAGUCCUUCACUGAUGAACAAUAUACACGCGAUGUCACCAUGGGAGCAACAUCCAUGGACCACGAUAUGCAUAUAUCAGACAAGCACCCGCGAGUGACCAUCAUCUCGAUAUCCGAACCCAUCACUCCGCAACCCAGCCACAUGUCAAAGACACCAUUGCUCCUUCGACCUCGUGUGCCUCCACGAAAGCCAAGUACACUUCUGCAUCCUUCGGUACCCAGCGACGAGGUUUCAGCGGUGCCUUCUGUAUCGACACUCUCCCUACAGGAUCCGGAAACAGGGUAUCCGUUCCCAGUCUUCACACAGACGCCGCCUACGCCGCUGCCCACAGACACAAAGUUCCAGCGACGAGUAUCAGUCCUACACUCGGCGCUCUCGGAGGAUGAGUGGGAAGAACCACUCCACUCCAGCCAAUCUGACGUAGAGUCCGAGUGCGAAGAUGACUACGAGAGCGAUACGGACAUUGGGCUUCCCAAUAGUCAGAACGCCAACGAGGCCAUUGCUGUGGCGAAGUCGGGGCGUAAGGCGCGCGCAAGUCGCAUCUCAUUCCACGGACAGCACCUCCGAAUCGUGGUGGAUUGA